AUGAAACCUACUGUUAGCUACUUUCGAGUAUUUGGUUGUGUCUGCUACGUAUUUGUACCUAGUCAUUUACGUAGCAAGUUUGACAAGAAAGCAGUCAGGUGUAUAUUUGUUGGAUAUGACAAUCAAAGAAAAGGAUGGAGGUGUUGUGAUCCAACAAGCGGAAGAUGCUACACUUCAAGAGAUGUAGUGUUCGAUGAAGCAUCUUCAUGGUGGUCCUUAGAGAAGAAAGUAUUACCAGACUCGGAAAAUAUUGAAGAAGUUUUAAAACAAAAGAUGGGGGAGCAAACUGCACACAUUUGGUCAAGUGUUGAUACACCUGAAGAUCCGAGCGACACUGAUGUCAUUGAGCAAGAAGUAACUCAAACAAGUAAUGCCGGUGAAAGGGAGACGCCGCCUCCACAACUUCGAAGGACGGAAAGAAUCCGAAAGCCUAAUCCCAAGUGUUCAAAUCACAUACAUUCUAUCUCAACACAUCAAUGGCAUCUUCGUCAUCAUCAGCAUCUCCUACUUAAUUCUACAGCCUUGUCUUAUCAACUGUGGAAGUACCGUGUUUUUCUUAGCUUUAGAAGAGAAGAUACUCGCAAUACUUUUGUGGGUCAUCUCUACUCGGCUCUUGAAAACCAAGGGAUCUACACUUACAAGGGCGACAAAACACUUCCUCGGGGUGAGUUGAUCGGUCCAUCCCUUAAGAAGGCUAUUGAAGAAUCACAGAUGUCCAUCAUCGUAUUCUCCGAAAACUAUGCAGAUUCUUCUUGGUGCUUAGAAGAACUUGCAUAUAUUAUGAAAUGCAGGGAAACUAGAGGCCAAAUCGUUAUUCCCAUAUUUUAUGGCGUGGAGCCCUCUGAAUUGAGAAAACAAAAACAUAAAUAUGGACAAUCAUUUGUCAAACAUGAGGUGGAGAACAAGAUUAAUAAGGUUGAAUCUUGGAGAAAAGCACUUGUGGAUGCAAGUAACAUUUCUGGAUGGGAUUCCAAGGACAUUGCCAACAGGCAUGAAUCAGAGUUUAUCAAAAAAAUUGUCGGUAAAAUUUCAAAGAUGUUGCAUCCACUAACUUCAAGGGUGAAUGAAAACCUUGUUGGAAUAGAGGUUUGCAUGCAAGAUCUGAAAUCAAAGUUAACAAUUGGGUCAAGUGGCGUGCUCAUGGUUGGAAUAUGGGGUAUUGGGGGUAGUGGCAAAACUACUCUUGCGUCUUCUUUUUAUAAGAUGAUCUUUACAGAGUUUGAUGGUUGCUGCUUUCUUGAAAAUAUUCGAGAGGAGUCAAGCAAAUAUGGUUUGAAAAGAUUGCAAGAAGAAAUGCUUUCGGGUAUUUUGAAACGAUUUGAAGGGCGAGGAGGGGGGGAGGGAGGGGGAAGGGGGGUUGAGGAAGGAAAAAGCAUGAUAAAGGAUAUGUUAUGUCGUAGAAAGAUCUUGAUUGUUCUUGAUGAUGUCGAUCAACUUGAACAACUACAAGCGUUGGCUGGCUCUCAUGAUUGGUUUGGUGCAGGAAGUCUAAUAAUAAUCACAACUAGAGAUGAACAUUUAUUAAUGGCUCAUAAUAUAGAUGUAAUGCACAAUAUUAGCUUGUUAACUGAUGAUGAGGCUAUUCAGCUCUUUUGCAUGCAUGCACCUUGGAGUAACACCCCUAUGGACGAUUAUGGGUUGCUUUCAAAAGAGGUGGUUCGGUGGGUGAAGAAAGAUAGGGCUAUGGAGAUGCUUGAUGCUUGUGGUUUUCAUCCUGUUAUAGGAGUAAAGGUGUUGAUGCAGAAGACCCUCAUAACUAUUUCGAAUGGAAUAUUUGAUAUGCAUGAUCUGGUGCACGAAAUGGCACACCACAUUGUUAGAGGGGAACACCCUGAAAAUCCUGAAAAACAUAGUAGAGUUUGGAAGAAGGAAGAUGUUCAAAAUACAUAUGCUAUGGAUGCAAUGAGGGAACUUGACAUGAUUGAAGCAGUAAGAUUUGAAUACAGCUGGGAUGAUCCAUUACAACGUCUUCCUUCGAUUGUUGCAAACAUGAAGAACCUUAGGUGGAUUUAUUGGAAAGGUGAUCUCACGAGUCCAUUGCCUACUAACUUCUCACCAAGGAAGCUUCGUUGUCUACUACUGCGUGAAAACUUUCAAAGACAACUUUGGGAGGGUAUUAAGUUUCUGCCAAAUUUGAAGAUCAUGAAACUUUGGUUUUUGAAGAAGCUAGUCAUGACACCAGAUUUUAAUGGACUUCCAAAUCUUGAAAGAUUUAUUCUCGAUGGAUGUGAGUGUUUAGAAGAGAUUCAUCCAUCGAUUGGACGCUUGGAAAAGCUUGUUUUUCUAUAUAUAGAUUAUUGUCUCAGUCUUAAGAUGUUUCCAGUCAUCACCCAACUAAAGAAGCUGAAGACCCUUUCAUUCAUAGACUGCCGUAAACUCUUUAAGCUCUCAGAGAUCCAACAGAACAUGGACAGAUCACAUUUGGAUAAUAAAAAUAUCUGGGCAAACUGCUUUGUUACUCUGCUGACAUGUUGCAGCAAUCUUCGUGGUAAUAUACCACAAGAGGACCUCAUUAAUGUAGAAGAAGGUGUUGGAACAUUCUCUACACAAGAUCAAACAUGCACUAAUACUCACAGUAAAAGAAGGAACAUGCAAUCUGAAGAUAGGACAAUUUUCUGUGUAUUACUCAUUCAUGAAAACAGAAAAUACAUACAUACACGUCCUACACCCUAG